CCUCCCCGCGCUCUUUUCAAACCUUUCCCCCUCCGCGAUAACCAUCGGGGGGUACACUACUAAGAACAACCGCACGAUUCGCGAGCGCCACACAAGUUUGUUACUCGCAGAGGAGAGUGUGUACGUAGCAGCUCAGCGGGGAGCGAGCGACAUGAGCGCGACGACCGCCUAGGGUGGAUGGCGCCGUCGGGCGGGGACGUGCCGGUGGAGAGGGCGGCCGCGGCGGCGAACGACCUGGUCGAGGCGCGGGACGGCGCGGCGGCGCUCAGGGCCUUCCUGCUGGAGCUGGACGACCAGCGCGCGCCGUGGGCGCAGCGGGUGGUGGACGGCGUGCUCAGCAGGCUGUCGAGCGCGAUGUCGGCGCUUGACGUCGGCGGCGCGGCGGCGGGAGGCCGGAGCCCGGCCACCGGGUCCGGGUCCGGCGGCGCGAGCAGGCCGCAGCAGUCGGUGAGCUACUCGAGCGGGAAUACGAAUAAGAAACGCAGCUUCAGCAGAAGAUCACAGCGUCCCUCUGACAAGAAGAUCACCGCUACGCUGGAAGACGGCCACGUAUGGCGGAAAUAUGGGCAGAAAGAGAUCCAGAAUUCACCCUAUCCAAGAUCACAAGAUGUCAAUGCAUGCGCUGCGCGCGCGCGUGUGUGCAGGAGUUACUACAGGUGCACACACAGCUCAGGCCAAGGAUGCAAGGCCAAGCGGCAGGUCCAGCGCAGCGAGACGGACCCGUCCAAGCACGUCAUCGCCUACUACGGCGAGCACACCUGCAGGGACCACUCCACGAUCCCGCUCGCCGUCCACGCCGCCGGCGCGGCGCCGGACCGUGCCAACAACCUCAUCAGCUUCGGCCACAGCGGCGCCAACGACAACGCCGCAGCCACCGGCGCCGCCUCUUCUUCCCAGUACUUGGCGAUGGGCAGGAGCACCAUCGGUGAGCAUCAGCUAUCCACGUCGUGGUGCACCAGCGACGACAUGUUCAGCUCGUCGGCCGGCUCCUUCAUGCACGUUGACGAGCUGAUCAGCGCCGUCGUGGGCUCGGCCGGGGUGACGUCGACGGCAACGGCAGGGUCGUCGGCGCUGGACCGUGGCGGGCUCGGUGGCAUGGCGGGCGGCGGAGGAGGCAAUGCCAGCUUCCCACCGUCUCCGAACGGACUCGCCGGGUUCGUGGUCGGCUCGCUUGGGAGCAUCGGCGGCGACGACGAUGACUUGUUUAGUAUGGAUCCUUAGUAAGCAAUUGAAGGCAUUGCCCGUGAAGCUCCUGAGCGAUUCGGCCUGGUGAACCAUGCAUGAUUUGUAAAGCCUAAUAAGGCCUGCCGUGUCCUUGUAUAUAAACUUGUGCCACACUUAAAUCCAAAAGUAGACAAUGUGUUAGCAGAAAUGAGAUAACACUUAUUAUCGCUAUCCUCCA